AUGGUAGAGAGUAAUUACAAAAAUAAUGGGCUUUUACAACAUGAUUUAUAUUUGAUGAAGAACAAAAUUUUACAAGCUCCUCAAAUAUUGAAACAACAAUUUAAUGUUGGAGUGCAAGUAGUAGAUUUACAAUUCAAUGAAUUGGCAACUAAAUUUAAUAGCACACGGAUGCACAUAAGAUCAUUACAUGAAGCAUGUAAACGAUAUAAAUUAACGUUGCAUUCCUUUUUCUACAGCUCUGUUAGUGUUCUAGAAGUAUUUCAUAAAUUAUUAGACGGUGUGCCAAUGGAAUGUCAUAUGAACCCUGAUGGCACUGCUCAGAUGGUUACAAAUAAUAUUUCAGCCAAACAAAGGGCAUCAGAAUUUUUACAGGAAUUUUAUAGUAUUGCAGGAAUAGAACAUAUUGGUCAAAAAAAAAUUGAUAUUAGUAGAUUGAAUAAGCAGUUGCAAGUUGUAUCAAAGAAAGUUGAACAGGAUUUAGAAUUCUUUGAUCUACAUGUUUUACAGCCAUUGGUCGAAGUGGAUUUAUUAUGCUCAAAGACUUCAAGAUACAUUGACUAUAGAGAUCUUAAAAAUUUAGAAGUAAGUUCAUUAAAUGACAAAUGCGACUCUUUGAAGAAAUUAACAAAUAAUAAUACAAAAACUUUAACAAGUAAACAAGAAGUUGAAAGAAUGAGAUCAGAAAAAAAAUUGAAAACAAUAUCAGAGGAUUUUGAAUUGAUUAAUAACAAAUUAAAAAAUGAAUUACCAAUCUUUUUUGAUUCAAUUAAUACUUUUUUACAAAACUGGUUUUCAACAUAUUAUUUUACAACAUUAAGAAUAUCUUAUGCAUUGUACACAUAUACAUCAAAUAGUCCUGAGCUCAAGAGAAUAAUUGGAACUGAAGAAAAUGAACCAAAUAAAAUAAUGAAUAUUUCAACACCAGAUAUAUUGUCUCAAUUCCAUCAAACUUUUGACUAUGUUCUAAAUGAAGUAGAAAACUUAAAAAUUACAGAUUUUAACAAUCUGUACAGAUCAAUUUUAUCAGACUGUGAAUCUAACAAUAGAAUGUUUAUGUGA